GUACGCGCGGGCCGGGCCGGGCCGGGCCGGGCGGGCGGACGGACGGGCGGCGGGUGCGCCGAAACGCGGGCACCUCCUCACCCGGACGCCACCGCCGGCUCCAGGGCCGUGCCGCGCCGCCUUCCGCCCCGGGGGCCGCUAGCCCGCCGCGGCCGCGCCGAGCGCCCGGCUCCGAGGUGGGGGCGCGCCCCUCUCGGCCUCCAGGGUCCUCUCCGCCCUCCGCACCGAGCCUGGCCGCGCGCCCCUGGGCGUCCCCCACCGCCCCGGCUCCCCGGAGGGCGGCAGCCAUGAGCGAGAUGUCCAGCUUCCUCCACAUCGGGGACAUCGUCUCCCUGUACGCCGAGGGCUCCGUCAGUGGCUUCAUCAGCACUCUGGGGUUGGUGGAUGACCGCUGUGUGGUGGAGCCCGCGGCUGGGGACCUGGACAACCCCCCUAAGAAGUUCCGAGACUGCCUCUUCAAGGUGUGUCCCAUGAACCGCUACUCGGCCCAGAAGCAGUACUGGAAGGCCAAGCAGACCAAGCAGGACAAGGAGAAGAUCGCCGAUGUGGUGCUGCUGCAGAAGUUACAGCACGCAGCCCAGAUGGAGCAGAAGCAGAAUGACACAGAGAACAAGAAGGUGCACGGGGACGUCGUGAAAUACGGCAGCGUGAUCCAGCUCCUGCACAUGAAAAGUAACAAGUACCUGACUGUGAACAAGCGGCUGCCAGCCCUGCUGGAGAAGAACGCCAUGCGGGUGACACUGGAUGCCACGGGCAACGAGGGCUCCUGGCUCUUCAUCCAGCCCUUCUGGAAGCUGCGGAGCAACGGGGACAAUGUGGUCGUGGGGGACAAGGUGAUCCUGAACCCCGUCAACGCUGGACAGCCUCUGCACGCCAGCAGUUACGAGCUCAGCGACAAUGCCGGCUGCAAGGAGGUCAACUCCGUGAACUGCAACACCAGCUGGAAGAUCAACCUGUUUAUGCAGUUCCGAGACCACCUGGAGGAGGUGUUGAAAGGGGGAGACGUGGUGCGGCUGUUCCACGCGGAGCAGGAGAAGUUCCUGACGUGCGAUGAGUACAGGGGCAAGCUGCAUGUGUUCCUGCGCACCACGCUGCGCCAGUCCGCCACCUCGGCCACCAGCUCCAACGCCCUCUGGGAGGUGGAGGUGGUCCACCACGACCCCUGCCGUGGAGGAGCUGGCCACUGGAACGGCCUGUACCGCUUCAAGCACCUGGCCACAGGCAACUACCUGGCUGCAGAGGAGAACCCCAGCUACAAGGGUGAUGCCUCUGACCCCAGGGCAGCAGGAACGGGUGCCCAGGGCCGUGCAGGUCGCCGGAACGCUGGGGAGAAGAUCAAGUACCGCCUGGUGGCUGUGCCCCACGGCAACGACAUCGCUUCCCUCUUCGAGCUGGACCCCACCACGCUGCAGAAAACCGACUCCUUCGUGCCUCGGAACUCGUACGUGCGGCUGCGGCACCUCUGCACCAACACGUGGAUCCAGAGCACCAACGUGCCCAUCGACGUGGAGGAGGAGCGGCCCAUCCGGCUCAUGCUGGGCACGUGCCCUACCAAGGAGGACAAGGAGGCCUUCGCCAUCGUGUCAGUUCCUGUGUCCGAGAUCCGAGACCUGGACUUUGCAAACGACGCCAGCUCCAUGCUGGCCAGCGCUGUGGAGAAACUCAGCGAGGGCUUCAUCAGCCAGAAUGACCGCAGGUUUGUUAUCCAGCUGCUGGAGGACCUGGUGUUCUUUGUCAGCGAUGUCCCCAACAACGGGCAGAACGUGCUGGACAUCAUGGUUACCAAGCCCAACCGGGAGCGGCAGAAGCUGAUGAGGGAGCAGAACAUCCUCAAACAGAUCUUUGGCAUUCUGAAGGCCCCGUUCCGUGACAAGGGGGGUGAGGGCCCCCUGGUGCGGCUGGAGGAGCUGUCAGACCAGAAGAACGCCCCCUACCAGCACAUGUUUCGCCUGUGCUACCGCGUGCUGCGCCACUCCCAGGAGGACUACCGCAAGAACCAGGAGCACAUCGCCAAGCAGUUUGGGAUGAUGCAGUCCCAGAUUGGCUACGACAUCCUAGCUGAAGACACCAUCACGGCCCUGCUGCACAACAACCGCAAGCUGCUGGAGAAGCACAUCACCAAGACAGAGGUGGAGACCUUCGUCAGCCUGGUGCGGAAGAACCGGGAGCCCAGGUUCCUGGACUACCUCUCCGACCUGUGCGUGUCCAACCACAUCGCCAUCCCCGUCACCCAGGAGCUCAUCUGCAAGUGUGUGCUGGACCCCAAAAACAGUGACAUCCUCAUCCAGACCGAGCUUCGGCCCGUGAAGGAGAUGGCUCAGUCCCACGAGUACUUGAGCAUCGAGUACUCAGAGGAGGAAGUGUGGCUCAUUUGGACGGACAAGAACAACGAACACCAUGAGAAGAGCAUCAGGCAGCUGGCCCAGGAGGCGCGGGCCGGCAACGCCCAUGAUGAGAACGUGCUCAGCUACUACAGGUACCAGCUGAAGCUCUUUGCCCGCAUGUGCCUGGACCGGCAGUACCUGGCCAUCGAUGAGAUCUCCCAGCAGCUGGGCAUCGACCUGAUCUUCCUAUGCAUGGCAGAUGAGAUGCUGCCCUUUGACCUGCGCGCCUCCUUCUGCCACCUGAUGCUGCAUGUGCAUGUGGACCGCGACCCCCAGGAGCUGGUCACGCCUGUCAAGUUCGCCCGCCUCUGGACUGAGAUCCCCACGGCCAUCACCAUCAAGGACUAUGAUUCCAACCUCAACGCCUCCCGAGACGACAAGAAGAACAAGUUUGCCAGCACCAUGGAGUUCGUGGAGGACUACCUCAACAACGUGGUCAGCGAGGCUGUGCCCUUUGCCAAUGAGGAGAAGAACAAGCUCACCUUCGAGGUGGUCAGCCUGGCGCACAACCUCAUCUACUUUGGCUUCUACAGCUUCAGCGAGCUGCUGCGGCUCACACGCACUUUGCUGGGCAUCAUUGACUGCGUGCAGGGCCCCCCGGCCAUGCUGCAGGCCUACGAGGACCCAGGCGGCAAGAAUGUGCGGCGCUCCAUCCAGGGCGUGGGACACAUGAUGUCCACCAUGGUGCUGAACCGCAAGCAGUCUAUCUUUGGCGCCCCCAGCCUGCCCGCUGUUGCCGGUGCCCCUGAGCCGCUGGACAGAAGCAAGUUUGAGGAGAAUGAGGACAUUGUGGUGAUGGAGACCAAACUGAAGAUCCUGGAAAUCUUGCAGUUCAUCCUCAAUGUCCGCCUGGAUUAUCGCAUCUCCUACCUGCUGUCUGUCUUCAAGAAGGAGUUUGUGGAGGUGUUUCCCAUGCAGGACAGCGGGGCUGAUGGCACAGCCCCUGCCUUUGACUCCACGACUGCCAACAUGAACCUGGACCGCAUCGGGGAGCAGGCAGAGGCCAUGUUUGGAGUGGGGAAGACGAGCAGCAUGCUGGAGGUGGACGACGAGGGCGGCCGUGUGCUUCUGCGCGUGCUCACCCACCUCACCAUGCACGACUACGCGCCCCUGGUCUCGGGGGCCUUGCAGCUGCUCUUCAAGCACUUCAGCCAGCGCCAGGAGGCCAUGCACACCUUCAAGCAGGUACAGCUGCUGAUCUCAGCCCAGGACGUGGAGAACUACAAGGUGAUCAAGUCGGAGCUGGAUCGGCUGCGGACCAUGGUGGAGAAGUCAGAGCUGUGGGUGGACAAGAAGGGCAGUGGCAAGGGCGAGGAGGUGGAGGCAGGCGCUGCCAAAGACAAGAAGGAGGUGCGCGGGGUGCCGGGGCUGGGCCAGGGCCCCCUGCGAAGGCUGGGCCUGGCUGACCCCGCUCCCCUGUGCCCCCAGCGGCCCACGGAUGAGGAGGGCUUUCUGCACCCGCCUGGGGAGAAGAGCAGCGAGAACUACCAGAUCGUCAAGGGCAUCCUGGAGCGGCUGAACAAGAUGUGCGGCGUCGGGGAGCAGAUGAGGAAGAAGCAGCAACGGCUGCUCAAGAACAUGGAUGCCCACAAGGUCAUGCUGGACCUGCUUCAGAUCCCCUAUGACAAGAGCGAUGCCAAGAUGAUGGAGAUCCUGCGCUACACACACCAGUUCCUGCAGAAGUUCUGUGCGGGGAACCCCGGCAACCAGGCCCUGCUGCACAAGCACCUUCACCUCUUCCUCACGCCAGGGCUGCUGGAGGCGGAGACCAUGCAGCACAUCUUCCUGAACAACUAUCAGCUGUGCUCCGAGAUCGGCGAGCCCGUGUUGCAGCACUUCGUGCACCUGCUGGCCACCCACGGGCGCCACGUGCAGUACCUGGACUUCCUGCACACCGUCAUCAAGGCCGAGGGCAAGUACGUCAAGAAGUGCCAGGACAUGAUCAUGACUGAGCUGACCAACGCAGGUGACGACGUGGUUGUGUUCUACAACGACAAGGCCUCGCUGGCCCACCUUCUGGACAUGAUGAAGGCUGCCCGGGACGGCGUGGAAGACCACAGCCCCCUCAUGUACCACAUCUCCCUGGUGGACCUGCUGGCUGCCUGCGCCGAGGGCAAGAAUGUCUACACUGAGAUCAAGUGCACGUCCUUGCUGCCCCUGGAGGACGUCGUGUCUGUGGUGACGCACGAGGACUGCAUCACCGAGGUGAAAAUGGCCUAUGUGAACUUUGUGAACCAUUGCUACGUGGACACAGAGGUGGAGAUGAAGGAGAUCUACACCAGCAACCACAUCUGGACCCUCUUUGAGAACUUCACCCUGGACAUGGCUCGGGUCUGCAGUAAGCGUGAGAAGCGCCUGGCUGACCCCACCCUAGAGAAGUACGUGCUGACUGUCGUGCUGGACACCAUCAAUGCCUUCUUCAGCUCCCCGUUCUCUGAGAACAGCACCUCCCUGCAGACGCACCAGACGAUCGUGGUGCAGCUGCUGCAGUCCACCACGCGGCUGCUCGAGUGUCCGUGGCUGCAGCAGCAGCACAAGGGCUCCGUGGAGGUCUGCAUCCGGACCCUCGCCAUGGUGGCCAAGGGCCGGACCAUCUCGUUGCCCAUGGACCUGGACGCACACAUCAGCUCGCUGCUGAGCAGUGCUGCCAGCUGCGCCGCUGCCACCCAGCGGAACGCCUCCAGCUACAAGACGGCCACACGGGCCUUCCCCCGCGUCAUGCCCACCGCCAACCAGUGGGACUACAAGAACAUCAUUGAGAAGCUGCAGGACAUCAUCACGACCCUGGAGGAGCGCCUGAAGCCCCUGGUGCAGGCCGAGCUGUCCGUGCUGGUGGACGUGCUGCACUGGCCCGAGCUGCUCUUCCUGGAGGGCAGUGAGGCCUACCAGCGCUGCGAGAGUGGGGGCUUCCUGUCCAAGCUGAUCCAGCACACCAAGGACCUCAUGGAGUCGGAGGAGAAGCUGUGUGUCAAGGUGCUGAGGACGCUGCAGCAAAUGCUGCUUAAGAAGAGCAAGUACGGGGACCGGGGCAACCAGCUGCGCAAGAUGCUGCUGCAGAACUACCUCCAGAACAGGAAGUCUGGCGCGCGGGGGGACCUCCCGGACACCACGGGCACUGGCCUGGACCAGGACUGGUCAGUGAUUGCAGCCACCCAGUGCCGGCUGGACAAGGAGGGGGCCACCAAGCUGGUGUGUGACCUCAUCACCAGCACCAAGAACGAGAAGAUCUUCCAGGAGAGCAUCGGCCUGGCCAUCUGCCUGCUGGACGGCGGCAACACUGAGAUCCAGAAAUCCUUCUAUAACCUGAUGAUGAGUGACAAGAAAUCGGAGCGCUUCUUCAAGGUGCUGCACGACCGCAUGAAGCGGGCCCAGCAGGAGACCAAGUCCACGGUGGCCGUCAACAUGAGCGACCUGGGCAGCCAGCCGCGUGAGGACCGGGAGUCGGCAGACCCCACCGCCAAAGGCCGCGUGGCCUCCUUCUCGAUGUCCAGCUCCUCAUCCCGCUAUUCGCUGGGCCCCAACCUUCGCCGGGGGCACGAGGUGGGCGAGCGCGCGCAGAGCAACGAGAUGGGCACGUCUGUGCUCAUCAUGCAGCCCAUCCUGCGCUUCCUGCAGCUGCUGUGCGAGAACCACAACCGGGACCUGCAGAACUUUCUGCGCUGCCAGAACAACAAGACCAACUACAACCUGGUGUGCGAGACGCUGCAGUUCCUGGACAUCAUGUGCGGCAGCACCACAGGCGGCCUGGGGCUGCUGGGGCUCUACAUCAACGAGGACAACGUGGGCCUCGUCAUCCAGACCCUGGAGACGCUCACCGAGUACUGCCAGGGUCCCUGCCACGAGAACCAGACCUGCAUCGUGACGCAUGAGUCCAACGGCAUAGACAUCAUCACCGCGCUGAUUCUGAAUGACAUCAGUCCCCUGUGCAAGUACCGUAUGGACCUGGUGCUGCAGCUCAAGGACAACGCCUCCAAGCUGCUCCUGGCCCUGAUGGAGAGCCGGCACGACAGUGAAAACGCUGAGCGCAUCCUCAUCAGCCUGCGGCCCCAGGAGCUGGUGGACGUCAUCAAGAAGGCCUACCUGCAGGAGGAGGAGCGUGAAAACUCAGACGUGAGCCCUCGCGAAGUGGGCCACAACAUCUACAUCCUGGCGCUGCAGCUCUCCAGGCACAACAAGCAGCUGCAACACCUGCUGAAGCCGGUGAAGCGCAUCCAAGAGGAGGAGGCGGAGGGCAUCUCUUCCAUGCUCAGCCUCAAUAACAAGCAGCUGUCGCAGAUGCUCAAGCCCUCAGCGCCAGCACAGGAGGAGGAGGAGGACCCCCUGGCCUACUACGAGAACCACACGUCCCAGAUAGAGAUCGUGCGGCAGGACCGCAGCAUGGAGCAGAUCGUGUUCCCGGUGCCCGGCAUCUGCCAGUUCCUGACGGAGGAGACCAAGCACCGGCUCUUCACCACCACCGAGCAGGAUGAGCAGGGCAGCAAAGUGAGCGACUUCUUCGACCAGUCCUCCUUCCUGCACAACGAGAUGGAGUGGCAGCGCAAGCUCCGCAGCAUGCCACUCAUCUACUGGUUCUCCCGUCGCAUGACCCUGUGGGGCAGCAUCUCCUUCAACCUGGCGGUUUUUAUCAACAUCAUUAUUGCCUUUUUCUACCCCUACGUGGAGGGCGCGUCCACAGGCGUGCUGGGCUCCCCCCUCAUCUCGCUGCUGUUUUGGAUCCUCAUCUGCUUCUCCAUCGCGGCCCUGUUCACCAAGCGCUAUAGCAUCCGCCCCCUCAUCGUGGCGCUCAUCCUGCGCUCCAUCUACUAUCUGGGCAUCGGGCCCACGCUCAACAUCCUGGGUGCCCUCAAUCUAACCAACAAGAUCGUGUUCGUGGUGAGCUUUGUGGGCAACCGUGGCACUUUCAUCCGGGGCUAUAAGGCCAUGGUCAUGGACGUGGAGUUCCUGUACCACGUGGGCUACAUCCUGACUAGCGUCCUGGGCCUCUUUGCCCAUGAGCUCUUCUACAGCAUCCUGCUCUUUGACCUCAUCUACCGCGAAGAGACGCUGUUCAAUGUCAUUAAGAGCGUGACCCGGAAUGGCCGUUCCAUCCUGCUGACUGCCCUGCUGGCCCUCAUCCUGGUCUACCUCUUCUCCAUUGUUGGCUUCCUCUUCCUCAAGGAUGACUUCAUUCUUGAGGUCGACCGGCUGCCUGGCAACCACUCCAGAGCCAGCCCCCCGGGGAUGCCGCAUGGAGCUGCCACGUUUGUGGACACGUGCAGUGGGGACAACAUGGACUGUGUCUCGGGGGUCUCGGUGCCUGAGGUCCCAGCAGAGGACGAGGAUCCGGACAGCACGGAGCGGGCCUGUGACACCCUGCUCAUGUGCAUCGUCACCGUCAUGAACCACGGGCUGCGCAACGGCGGUGGCGUGGGCGACAUUCUGCGCAAGCCCUCCAAAGACGAGUCCCUCUUCCCGGCGCGCGUGGUCUACGACCUCCUGUUCUUCUUCAUCGUCAUCAUCAUCGUGCUGAACCUCAUCUUCGGGGUGAUCAUCGACACCUUUGCAGACCUGCGCAGCGAGAAGCAGAAGAAGGAAGAAAUCCUCAAGACCACGUGCUUCAUCUGUGGUCUGGAGAGGGACAAGUUUGACAACAAAACGGUGUCAUUUGAGGAGCACAUUAAGUUCGAGCACAACAUGUGGAACUACCUGUACUUCAUCGUGCUGGUCCGUGUGAAGAACAAGACGGACUACACCGGGCCUGAGAGCUACGUGGCCCAGAUGAUCAAGAACAAGAACCUGGACUGGUUCCCCCGGAUGCGGGCCAUGUCGCUGGUGAGCAGCGAGGGGGAGGGGGAGCAGAACGAGAUCCGGAUUCUUCAGGACAAGCUCAGCUCCACCAUGAGGCUGGUGUCCCACCUCACCGCCCAGCUCAGCGAGCUCAAGGAGCAGAUGACGGAGCAGCGGAAACGCCGGCAACGCCUGGGCUUCGUGGAUGUCCAGAACUGCAUGAGCCGCUGAGCGGAGCCACGGAAGGCCCAUCAGGCUGCGUGCGACGCUGGAGCGCUGAGACUGGGAACACUGCCCCUCAAGGCUAGGUGCCCACCCACCCCCCAGCUCCCCCUCUGCCAGGGCCGCCCUCCGCCUGCCCCCGGCCAACGCGGGCUCUGACAGGCCUGGAGGGGAAAUGACAGAGCUGACAGUCCUGCCCAGACCAAGCUCUUAAAAAACUCAGAAACUCACUGGGACUCAGGCUUACCUUAAUGCCUUUGAGGAAGGUAAGUCCUCUUAAAGGACAACUGCUUUGUCCCUUAAAGCAGUGACGGACAUUCCUUUGUAUUCCUCCUGGUGGGUGAUGAGGAGUGGGGUCUCCUCUCUAUUCCAAGCACUACAUUUUGGUUGCUGCCCGCCUCUGGAGGGUGCAGUGAUGCUGUCACUAGUGAUUUUAGGGCUUUGUUAUUUAACGUAUUCACGGUGCUGGGCUCAGCCCUGCCCAGAGCCGCGCAGCUCCCCUGUGCCUCAGAACUGCUGUAGACAGUGCCUAGACCUCCGUGUCCAAGUCCAGGCCACCUCCUCCAGGAUGGCUCCAGGUGGACGGGUGACCAUUGCCUUGCUCCUGAGACCUGCCUCUUCCUGGGCCUCCUGGGGAAGAGUCACACACCCGGGUGACAGGGCUGGGCGUGUUAAGAGGGGCUGGUUUUGACUGCUUGUGUUUUCUCCUUUUGGUGUGAUGUUUUACAGAUCCUUUGGCUUGAGAACUAAUAUGUUAAUUACCUUAAAUAAAUUAAUAAACCUAGUCUGUUAGAAAGGGAUGCUGGCUCCCGUGCUCCCCAGGGGCUGGGGCAGGUAGUAACAUGGUGCUGGCGGAGGACAGAAUAUGAGCUAUGCCCAACUGGCCUCACCUUGAGCUCUUGGGAGGUGCUGAGUGCCAUCCUGUCUCAAAGCGAUUCUGGACAGAACUGUACUGCAGUAUAACUGGUUUCUAUCAUAAUCCUAGGUAUUUUAUUUUAUGCAUUUCAAAACACAGUGAGGAGUCCAGGUACAAAUGAACUUAAGAACCCACUUCCACUGCUUCCCAACAAGGGGUGCUGUCGGCCUUGCCCUGCCCCUUCUCUCAGCUCUGUUCUUGACAAGAAACCUCAAGUGGGGAAUGCAAACAUCUACCAGUAAGAGCUAAGGUUCUAUGGAGUAAUAGGUGACCCUGUGUGUGUCCCCGGCCAGGGGGUCUGUUGUGUGACCUCCCACAGAACCAGCCUUGAGUGCUGAAGCCGACUCAAGCUGAGGCCCCACCUGGCCUGUCAGUAGCUCUACUCUGCCCCUUAAACCAACUUGGAACAUGGCUUUUCUGCACGGUCACGGGCAGAGGACUGAGCUCUGGCCUUCUGAGUCAGUGGGGAGGAGGGCCAAGCAGGCUUUUCUCAUCCCUCUGCCGUACACCUCCUGCUGCUUUCUGUUUGCAACAGGACGCUGCCUUUGGCACUGACCGCUAUUUUUGGCUCUCUCCCAGGAGCUCCUACAACAAAAGGGAGCCUGAGAAUCUUGCCAGAAGCCAGCAGGACCCCUGUUGGCAGGUGGGGCUCCUGUGGCUGAGCAGGAAGCACCUUGCCCACAGGCCCUGUCACCUUCCCUUCUCAGGCCCAGACGGAGACCCGCACUUCCUCUCCCAGGGGGCGUCCUAGCCUGACCGGUGGGUGGGCGGAUACUCCCCCGGCAUCCCUUCUCAGGCCAGAGCUUUCUUUAGAGCAACAAGGGCAGCUUCCUUUCUGUGAAGGCCAGAUGAGAUUCCCAAACGAGGACAGGGAAAUCAGGGCAUUUUAUUGAUGAUGGCGACGUACAGCACUUCACGCUUAGCUACGCGGGCGCGAUAAGGCCCGAGCCCAGGCUUUGUGCUUCUCCUCAGGGUCCCUGGGGGCAAACUUCUCCUGCAGCUUCUUCCACGUGCCUUUAUUCAGCUCCUUAAGCCCUUCCAAGGUAUCUACAAAAGGAGAAGAAACAAAAAAGGGCUGACAUCUAAAUGAUUACACAGGUUGGCCCCACAGAGCUUUCACCAUACAGGCAUGCCUCGCUUUUCACAGUGUGUUCCUGAGAAAGGGAAGUGUAGCCCCAACUUCUGAUAAGCAAAUCAGGCAGGGUAACAGACAAAUAACCAUGAGUGUGGGUGAGCACUUGUGUACCAGAGACCGUCCUUAGAGCAGCCUCUGCUCACGUCCAGUCAUCAUUCAGCAUCUAAGCAGGGCCAUCUCUGCUCUGUUCCAUGUGAGCAAAGAAAUGGCACUUCAGCGUUAACUAUGCAACCCACAGGCCCAGAGGCUUAGCUGAAAACUUGGCCUGAGCCACACAGACCUUACUGUCUCCAUUUUACAGAUGUAGAAACUUGAGGCAGAGUAAGGUGAAGGGAGCUGAACAGGCUAUACGGCUAGGAAGUGGUGGAGCUGGGAUUUGAACCCAGGCACUUGGGUCUGCCCCACGCUGUGGAGUUGAGCAGGCACCCAGGAGGGAGCCAGACUUGGGCCCCCACCCCCGCCCACCAUUUCCACACUGGGUCCCCUCGGAGCCUCAGGUUCCUCCAACACAAAGUGGAGAUAAAAACACCUGCCUCAAAAGUUGUGAGUUUUUGUUUUUGUUUUUAUAAAUUUAUUUAUUUAUUUUA